UGUGUUUCACUGGUUUGUUGUUUUUCUUUCACAUACGAAAGACACGACUCCACACGACGCGUUGGUGUUGGUUUUGCCAUUUAGAAAUCAGUUAAUGACUUGUUAAAUAUUUUUGUGUUCAUAUUUAUUUUUCAAAAGUUAAAUAUGUCUUUUAACAGCUAUUGUGACAAGUAGAUUUGUUUUAAAGUGUUUUCAACCAAGCCUGAAGCUCUGUAAGAUUGUUGGGAUAUGCUAUUGGACCGUCUAAAAGCAGAAGCAGUACUAAAUUAGACAAAUCUUUUGAUUUAAUUUUUCCUUUCCGGUUCUGCAUAAGAGGUGCAAAAAUGAUAGAGCUGACAGUAAAAACACUUGAUUCUCGGAAUCAUGCUUUCUCGGUCCCUGACAAUUACACUGUGAGGCAGUUUAAAGAACACAUAGCGGAUUCAGUUAGUAUAUCUGCUGACUCACAGCGCCUUAUCUACUGUGGCAGAGUUCUUCAAGAUGACAAGAGUUUAACUGAAUAUGAUGUGAAUGGAAAGGUGAUUCACUUGGUACAGCGAGCUCCGCCAGUCAAUAAUGGCAGUGGGCCGGACCGUGGGUCCACCAGUGCACGGACUAAUUCAAGCCCACCUGGAGCAAGACGUGGCACCUCACUUCUUCAUCGUGGUACCUUUAUUGGAUCCACAGGCAACACUGGCAAUGCCAUGUACCUGGGAGCGAUGGCCUUCCCUGCCGAGAUCAUGGAAGCGCAUGGUAAACUCAAUGUUUAAUAAAAACUGAUUUAACCAUGAGCAUUGCUAGCAUUACACCACCAAACACAUUAAAUUAUAUUUAUAUCACACUGUUUUUCAGAUUGCCUUAACCCUUUCCAUCCCAGACACUUUUUUUUAAUUUGUUCCAAAAAUCUUAAGUAUUUUUACUAAUGACAUACCCAAAAAUCCCAGGCUCUUUUAGUUCAUUUUGUCGUAUUUUACUAGAAAACCCAUAAAAAAUUUAUUUAUGAA